UAUAAACUUGAUGGGCUUGUGUCGGGGAAAAGAUCAAAUCACUUGACUCAAUCUGACAGUGAGCUGUCCAUCGACAACUGAGCAUCACAGACUAUACAAGUGAACGACACAUAAACAACUUUCCUUCAUCGAGAUGUCGAACUCUGGAGGUCGCAGGCUGAAGCAGUGGCUGAUGGAGCAGAUCGAGAGCGCGCAGUACCCCGGACUGCAGUGGGAGGAUGAAAGCCGCACUUUGUUCAGAAUUCCAUGGAAACACGCCGGGAAACAGGAUUAUAACCAGGAAAUAGAUGCAUCCAUUUUAAGGUUUGACUAAAUUCUUGCCUGGGCUGUGUUUAAAGGGAAAUUUAAGGAAGGGGACAAGGCUGAACCUGCAACAUGGAAGACCCGACUCCGCUGUGCCCUGAAUAAAAGUCCUGACUUUGAGGAGGUGACGGAGAGGUCACAGCUGGACAUCUCUGAGCCUUACAAAGUGUACCGCAUCGUACCUGACGAAGAGCAGAAGCAUGGCAAAAGCUCAAUGAUAGCCAUGGCAGCAUCUAGCUCUGGUGAUAUAACAGACAUGGACUGCAGCCCUGCAGCAAUAGAGGAGCUUAUAAAAGAGGAGGAAGUUUGCAGUAUCCAGGCCAGUCCAGAGUAUUGGUCCCAGGGUAGCAUCGGCGCUUUCCCAGUUCAUCAGGAACCUUUGCCCUCAGGUGCUGUCGGCUCAGUUUUCUCCCAAAUGAUGAUCAAUUUCUACUACGGAGGGAAGUUCAUGCACACACAGGUGGUUACACACCCAGAGGGCUGCAGGAUCUCCCCACAGCAGCACCUGGGUCGGGCUGCCCUUUACAAUUCAGACAGCAUGCAGAGUGUUCAUUUCCCCCCUGCUGAACUCAUCGAAUAUGAACGCCCGCGCCACGUCACAAAGAAGCUCCUGGGCCACCUGGAGAGAGGUGUGCUAGUCCGUGCAAACCAAGAAGGCAUCUUCAUUAAGAGGUUGUGCCAAAGCCGAGUCUUCUGGAGCGGGCUGGGAGAGGUGGGCUCACAAUACAGUCCCAUGCCCUGCAAACUGGAGAGGGAUGCUGUUGUCAAGAUUUUUGACACAGGAAAGUUUCUGCAAGACUUUGUAUUUUACAGCUUACAGCUGUACCAGGAGGGUCAGUUUCCUGCUCCAGAUCCUGUGACUCUGUGUUUUGGAGAGGAGCUCCAUGAUCUCAGCAUUGCAAAGAGCAAACUCAUCAUUGUGCAGAUUACUGUGGUGCACUGCCAGCAUCUUUAUACAAUGAGGCGUCCUCAGCCCUUCUGCAACAACCCAAACCUGGAGAUGUCUGACAGUUCAGCCAGUGACCAGAUGGCUCGCAUCUAUCAGGACUUGUGCAGCUACAGCAGCCCCCAGAGACCAGCCUGCUACAGGGACAACAUGGCCCAUCACUGCCUGACCUGUGAGCAGAGACAGCCUGCCAUAAGCUCUUAAGACUGGAUUUGCAACAUAUUGGAGGCCUUUUUAUUUUCCUGACAUGCAGACAAAGUAAACCAAGGUAAAAAAAAAAAUGCAUGAUGACAUUUCAGUUUGACUAAUAGUAAGACCAAUCACAGUGAAGGCAAACGUCAAGGAUCUUAUAGUAAAGUCUUUACGCUGCAUGUCAAUAUGAGGAGGUCCAUAUUAUUCUAACCCAAAAGAUGCUGAUGUUCAGUAUAGAUUGUAGACCUUGGGUGAGUUAUUGUAUUUAUACAAAAGUUCUACUGGCAGCAUAUAAAGUAUAAAUAGCAACAAAUCAUCCAUCAGCACAACUAGUGCAUUUACAUUUAUGUUUAUUUACAGGAACUCAACUUUUGCAAAUCUACAAAAAACAUUUCCUGCACUUUUGCUACCUUUUAUAAAUCUCAAAUAUUUUAGCAUUCCAGCUACUUUGUAUUUAUACAUUCAUCUGUUUGUUUCCAUUCAUCAUACAUUGGUAAAAUAAGGGAUUGACAGUUACUGUACUUCCCUGCCAGCUAUUGUUGUGAGGUACAAGUUUAAGCAAUUAAGACAAUCUGCAACAAAGACAGUCUUCUUUUAUUUUCAAUACCUUUGUUCAGAAAAUCUACAGCGGAUCGAUACACAAAGUAAAAAGUCUCUAUGCUGUUGUAUCAGCACUGAUGGACUUCCUCCAGUCCACUCAGAUCGCUCAGUAAGAAGUAUCUGUUAAGUAAUAGUGUUCAAAGAUAUCUGCCUAAAGCUGAUACAGAUUCUUUGUUUAACCUCUGAUUUAUUAUUACUCUGUAUUUUUUAUGCAGUGAGUUUGCAGAGCUUUCAGAACUGAUUAAUUCAUAAUAUAUCGCCUAAGAACUUUGUUCGGAUUGACAGCAGUUGGAUAUAGAAACGUAGUUCUCAUCUCUGAUUUUUUUUUUUACAUACAUGAUGGUUCUUGUUUAUGGUUUGACAAACUUUUGGAUAAGCACAAAAGGGAUAUUUUCUAAAGUGUUUUUUUUUACUUUUAACAGGAAAAAUGAGCUGUUUAAAGUUCCAUGUCAUUUCUGAUGCAAUGUGGGAUUAUAUGGAUAGGUUUUACUAUCCAAAUGUUUUUUUUUUCAUAAUUUUCUAUCAACUGCAUUUAUAGUAAAACAAGGUUUUCACUCA